CGGACGCUUCAAACUCAGGCAGGCCUCUGAUCGCAAGCACCAACGUCCUCGCCAUGGCCGUCCGGCGCGCCUCAACAGAGGCCCUCUCGCAGCGCUUCCUGCACCUGCGCAUCAGCCCGCGGCCCGCUAACCUCUCCGAAAGCCGCGAAAUCCACCGCGUGCUACAGCGCUUCGGCGAAAUCUCAAAGUACUACAACCUGCAGUUCGAAUACCACUCGCCGGCGCCCAACUCCGCGCUCCUCAUCUACCGCGACACCGCCGCCGCGCAGGCCGCGCUCGCUGCCUCCCCCAUUCGCUUCGCCCUCGAGCGCACACAGCACGACCCCAAAACCGCCGACGAAACAGACGACUACAACCUCUCCCUCUUCGACGAAAGCGCCGCCGACGGCGACGGCGACGCCAACGCCCCGCCGCUGCCCCAAAUGACCCCCGGUAUCGACGAGAUCCUCGCGCCCUCCCCCCUCCUCACACGCACGACGCCCGCCCCCGAGCCCACCUCCACCACCGCCGAACCCCCCCUACCCUUCGCGCCCCCGCGCAAGCCGCCCAAAACCGUAUCUCGCUGGUUCCAAGUGACCGUCGACCGCAGCCGCGCGAUCCACCAGGACUACGUGGAGCGGCAGCCUUUCUGGAAGCAGUUCGAGCCGAUGCGGAGUCUGGCACAGCUGGAUCUGGCGCGCAAGGUGCCGCACGCCGGGCUCAGCGACGUCAGCAAGCGCCCGCCGCAUGCAUACCGUACGCCGAACCACGUGCUGGCGGCGAUGAAUCGGCAUUUGCAAUUUGGGCAGGAGAGCUUGGUGAAGAUGUGGGAGGAGGGGGAGGGCGGGAAGUGAAUUACGUCUCCAACUUGGGCG